ACACCCACUAAUCUGUCACCGUGUUACAACCCUCUGUUUGACUUCCCUGUAAGAGGCAGUCAGCUAUAGAUGUGUGGCCUUGGUACAUAUAGAAUAUGUUGCAUUGUAUGGUUUUGAGCUUUUUUUCUGCCCCAAGUGACCGAAAUGGCGGUAAUAAAGAGGAAGGACUGAGCAGUGAGGCGUUAUUUUGCACAUCGCGGUUUUGACUUCAGUUUUCUGUCGUCUGCUCUGUCACUAAGGAACGUUUCAGCCAUGGAGUUCAUCCAACAGAGAAACCUUCACUAUUGGGUCACUGUGUAUUUUCUCUUGUCCAUAACUUCAUCUGCUGCAGAUGGUCAGAUCAGAUUAGUUGGGACUGGAUCAACUCAUUGCUCUGGAAGGGUGGAAAUCUAUUACAACAGUGCUUGGGGAACAGUGUGUGAUGACAUCUGGGACUUAAAGCAUGCUGAUGUAGUGUGCAGACAGUUGGACUGUGGUACGGCACUGAGUGCUCAUCAGUCAGCCCACUUUGGUGAAGGAACCGGAUCAAUCUGGCUCGAUGAUGUGAGCUGUUCAGGAACUGAGAGGGAUCUAACGGAGUGUAAGCACAGAGGAUUUGGAACACACAACUGUAAACACAGUGAGGACGCCGGCGUUGUCUGUUCAGUCAGCCUCCCAAAGCCCAACAUCUCCAUGAGUCCUGUUGGUGAGGUCACAUGGGGUCAGGACGCCUCCAUCACUUGUUCCAUCUCAACUCAGCAUUUAGGUGGAACGUUCACUCUGCAGCAGACCUCAGGCUCAUUCAGAAAGACGGAAGCAUCAAGUACCAACUCUGCUACCUUCAACAUCUUGCAAGUGGACUUCGGAGGUGAAGGAUCAUACCAGUGUCAGUAUCAGACGAGGGUUUCAGGUCGAGACUUCACCUCCCCCUUAAGUGACUCUGUCAGACUCUCUGUUACUGUGCCGCUGCAGCAGCCCAGCAUCUCCCUGACGUCUCCUAACAAAGGGCUGGUUUGGGGCCCUGAAGGUGCACAGGUCACCAGGGGUUACAGCUUUGUCUUCACCUGCUCCAUUUCCUCCCAGUAUCCCGGAGGUGUUUUCUCUCUCGUGUCCUCCGGCUCCGGCCUCAACGACACCAAACCAGCAGUCAACCACUCAGCCUCCUUUGACUUCCUGUCGGCCGAGUAUGAGCACCUGGGGAACUACAUGUGUGUGUACGAAGUCACACUGUCUGCACGGAGGUUCACUUCCAACAAGACAGCCACGAUUACUGUCAUCAUCAAAAUGUCUUUGUUGCCGCUGGUUUCCUCAGUAGCUGUCGUGGGUCCGCUGCUGCUCCUGCUGGUCUUGGUGGGGGUCUGUCUGGUCUGCAAGAGAAAGAGACGAGCCGAGCAGCCUAUUGACCUCGUCCAAACUCAAUUGUCUCUCCGGGUCAACAACGAUUAUGAAAAUAACACGAAUGGGGACGAUGAGGAUGUGUAUGAGAACGUUGAUCCAGUGCACACCAAGAAACCCAAAAAGGAAGCAGAGAGAGUGGAUGAGGAGUAUUAUGAUGAUGAGUCAGAGAUUAACAACGAUGAAGAUCAUGAUUCUGACCAAGAUGAAGAAACCAGUGAUGAUGAAGCUGAUUAUGAAAAUGUGACCCAGCAAUUGGUUGAAGCAACUGUCGACAUUUAUGGAGAAGAUGAGGAUAUUUAUCAAAACUUUUGAGGUGUCUCAACUGUUGAAUAAUGCUGAAAUGCAUCAGGAGAAUCUGCCUAGUAAAUACUAAGAAUAAGAUUCUCAGUAUUUUGGUGUGUCUGACUGUAAUCAUACAGUUUGUAACAAAAUUAUUCUCAUUGUCCUCAUUAUUUUCUAGUAUUGUGGCUCUGCAGCAUCUUGGGGGAAACUUAUAUAUGUAUAUAAUUGAUUGCUUUUUGUCUGGCCAAUUUUGCCGCUAACAGGAUAUUUUUUCUUUCUUCAGCCUGUAUUUGCAUUUAUGCAUUCAUCCUCAUUCCAGCUACAUGUAUCCAAACAGAGCUGAACCCAGGACAGCCAUCCUUGUAAUGUUAGCAUGCUUGCUUCACACACAUGCAGAAAUAAUAGCACUCAGAAAUCAUUUUUGGAGAAAUCCUUAUUUUUUGAAUGAUACACUCCUGCCUUUAUGAUGAAUAACAUUCAUAUUCAUCAUACAAGCAUCAUACAUUGUGAUGAAAUUGUACCAACUUUAAAGGACUGUAAAGCCCUGAGGCAAAUAUGUAAUUUACAAUUUUGGGCUAUACAAAAUAUAAUGUAAUUGAAUUUAAGAAAGUUACCAGCCUUCUUUUCUUUUGCAGUAAAUUUACAAUGCCAUCUCCAAAUAUUAGUUUCCAGACAUUGUUAAUUUAAUUAUGAGAAGCUCAAGUAAAUAUGUAACUACUGAAAGUAGAAUGUUAUGAAAUAACUUCACUUAUCACACAAAAACAACCUUAUCAAUCGAUAACAACAGGUAAAAUGUCAUACAUUUCCUCGCUAACCAAUACAGUACAUCAUGUCCAUACAGUGAACUCUCUGAGGGGACUGAGAUGCAUUUUUCUUUUAAUUACACACAGUUCUGUUUCUCACUUGAAGUAAAGUUAACUUUCAACCAAGUUUGUAUGAAAAUGAAAGGACAAUUGUUGAAUAAAGAGCCAACAAAAGGCAUUUCACUUUUUUGUCAUCAACCCA